GGAGAACUCUCAAUGAGUACCAAACGCCCUUACUUCGUCCCAUUUUGGGGUCCGUGACACCAAGCCAAAUUAGAUUCUAAUUUCAAGGUCACCUGCAGCCAACACACUGGAGAGAGUACGAGAGGGUGAGAGGGUCGCGGAGAGAGGCGAGGGAUUGCAGAGUGUCGCUGCACAGAGACGACAGCUUCGAAGGGUUCGUCGAAGGGAAAAACUACGUCAGAAGGAGUCGUCGGAGGCAGAUCAGACUUUGGAGGGAACGUCGACUCGUCGGAGAGAGACGAGAAGCUUGGAGGAAUCGUUGGAAGCAGCCGUCGAGUCGUCGGAGAGAGAGGAGGUACUGGAGGAAUCGUCGGAGAGAGAGCAGAGGCUAUCGUCGAGGAGAAGACUCGCUGGAGUCUUCGUCGAGGAGAAGAUUCGCUGGAGGCUUCGUCGAGGCUCUCGUCAGGGAGCAGAACAGAGGAAGCUUCGUGCGAGAGAGGAUUUUUCAGGCUGGCAUGUCCAUUUCGUUUGCACUCCUAUGUCUGGGCUCAGAUAAGUAGUUGCUGACCUCAUUUGAUCAGCAUGUAUGGGAUUGGCAGAAAAAUCUUUCCAAUUCAGAGGCGGUUGCACAUACUCCAUGAUUGCCCUAGUGAAACCUUGAAGAGAAAAAUUGCUGAAAAUGAGAAAAUACGGAAAAGGAAGAACCCUAAAAAGGAUAAAUUAUUUGUGGAAGUUCCAGAAUCAAAAUCAUAUCUUGACACAGCCACCAUGCCAAUGAUUCUCACCGCCGUUGGUGUCGCACUCUUUGCAAAGCUCCUUAUGAUGUAUGAUGAGUCGAAAUCCCAAGAGAUGAUUGAGCGCAAAAUUAAGAAUGCUCCGGCUGGUCAGGGCACGGUGAGAAUGCUUACUCCCGAGGAAUGGGAGAAAUUCCGGGAAGUGAGACCGAGGACACCUUUUGAAUCCAAGCUUGCUCGCCCAAAUGCAAGAAUAAGAACUGGAGAACCGUUGCACAUGGAGGAUUUGAAGGAUUGGACAAUUGAUGUUCUGACAGACGCACUCACACGGGCUGAGGAAAGCGUUAGAAACAGUUCCAAGUAACUUGGAAGGCAACAAUUUGCUGUAUGAAAUAGUUGGAUGAUUAUGUUACAUAUAUAUAAUGUUAAAGAGGGCGUUUUGUUCAUUAGGUGCUGAAUUUAUAUUUACAUUUGCAUUUUUGUAUUGUAUUUAAGCCACUUGGAUCGUGGAUAACUUUCACUGAUGCCUUGAAGAUUUUGAGAUUCAGGUGCCAUCCCUAAUGCUUGAUUCCAAAAUUAGAACCACCA